CGCGUCACACGUGUUUUCCCAGCAUGCAGCUGCACUCUGAGCUGACWGAAGCCCCGCCCCCGGAGCUGUACGGACAGCAGCGCGGACAAAAAGGGCGACGAGCUGACGUUAAUGAUUCUGUCUGUUUUAAUAAGAAACAUCACGAGUUAAACAGGAAGUGARGCUGCAGGACAGCAGAGUAUUUCCGGUCUGAGGCGGUUUAGUUCAGUCUAAAUAUUAAAUUAAUAUAAAUAUUAAAAGUCUGCAGGUUAUCCUGAAACACAGUCCGCUGCAGCUCUGGGUUUUGUCAGAUCCAGUUCCAGAGUUUUUGAUGGCCCCUGCAGGAUCCGGGUCCCCUUGUGACAGACAGGAAGUGGUUUCAGUCGGCAGACAUGUUGGACAGGGUCUGACGAGCAGGACAUGAGCUUCAGACUGGGUCAGAGAGUCCUGCAGACCUCCUGGACCAGGUCCCCCUGGGGCUACAGGCUCCAGGCCGGCUUCUGGUCCGGACCCGGACCCAGCAGGACCCGGUCAGCUGCAGGCUCCGUGAACGUGUUCAACAGAGAGAUGAAGAGGAGGCAGAAGAACUGGGCUGCUGCUCUGCAGGACCACCACCUGUACGACUACCUGAGGGACCAGGU